CGGCGGCGGCGUGCUGUCGGCGAACGCGAUGCUGCAGCAGAUGAGCCGGACGGUCGCGAACGCGCGGCACGGCACGACGCCGCCCAACAUGGUCAUGGGCUACCAGACGCAGCAGCAGAAGCAGCAGCAGACUAACAACAAUGCGGCGGCGGCGGCGGCGGACAGCCAGACGCCUGCACAGCGGCAGGCGGCGGCGAAACUCGCGCUUCGCAAGCAGCUCGAGAAGACGCUGCUACAGAUCCCGCCGCCGAAGCCGCCGCCGCCCGAACUCAACUUCAUCCCGAGCGCGCAGAACGCCGAGUUCGUCUACCUGCUCGGACUCGAGGAGGCCGUCAAGUACCUGACCGACAACGACCCGCUGAAGGGGCGGCCCGUCGCGCCCGUCCGCUACGUCUUCAACCCGUUCAAGUGCGUGCAGUGCAAGACCGACUUCACGACGGUGUGGAAGCGCGACAAGCCCAACUCGAAGAACGUGAUCUGCGAGCAGUGCGUCACGUCGAACCAGAAGAAGGCGCUCAAGGCGGAGCACACCAACCGGCUGAAGAGCGCGUUCGUGAAGGCGCUGCAGCAGGAGCAGGAGAUCGAGCAGCGCAUACAAUCGCAGGCGGCGGCGGCCGCCGCAGCCGCCGCCGCCGCCGCCGCGGCCGAGCGCACGGCGACCCCGACGACGACGACCGCGUCGAUGGCGCACGCCGCAGCGCUCGGUCGAGCCAUCAACUCGAAGCAUCACUCGUCGUCGUCGGCGACGUCUCAGCAGCAGCAGCAACAGCAGCAGCAGCAGCAGCAGCAACAGCAGCAGCAGCAGCAGAACCAGCUGCUGCUGCAGGCGGCGCACCUCGGCGGCCUGCAGCUGCCGCACCUCGCCGGCCACCCGCUCAUGCAGGGGUUCAUCCCCACGACGCUCGGCUACCCGUACGGCCUCAUCGGGGGGCCGACGUCGCACGGCCGCACGUCGGCCGACGUGCAGCGGCAGUACCUGCUGGACAUGAUCCCCGCGCAGGCGAUGCCCAAGAGCAACGUGUCGUGGAAGAACUGAUAGUGAAUUUACGAGGGGAGUGGGCGUGCGUGCGAGGACGCGGCGCGGGGGAGGUGAGGACGCGGCAACGCGGGGAGGGGCGUAUGUGCGACUGUCGCCUGCCUACGCACGCGUGUGACUGAACGGCGGAAUUCUUUGUUACUCCAUGGUAUAUAUAUAUUGUUACCCUGGUGGAUUUUUGGCCUAGGCCGACAGCUGGCAUUUUUGUACCAAAUAUAUAUAUCGUGUCCUGCAGCUGUUUGUUGGAAUAUUCAGGCGGGUGGAGUUUUGUAAAGUUUUUCGCAGUUUUGACGCCACAGCACUGUAAAAACUGAUACCGCAUUUAGCAUUAAUAUUUGAAAAAACAUGUGUAUUUGCAUAGGUAAACGAAUACUUACUUGUAAUGGUGUGGACAAAUUAUUUAUGUAACCCAGUGAUUAAACAACUUAAUAGACUGUAAUAGCCUUCAUUUAUAAAUAGUAAAGAUCAUGGAAAAUCUAAUAUUAAAUACACAGACUUUUGAUGUUUUCUUAGUUCUUUCAUUCUUAUUCUCCCACUACCUGUCGUUUACGAGUAACCGUCGAUAUUUUGUACCGAUGGAAUGCACUGGGAGAACAUUUGGAAGUAUCAACUACAAUGCUGUCAGGUUUUUAUCAGUGUCUGUAUAGAUCGUGUUUAAUAAGAGUUCAUAUUAUCCAUAAUACAGUAGACGUUUAUAAUAAACUGAAUAACAUGUA